CGGCAUCUGGGGACCCCUUUCUUCCAUGGCUCAGGACACUCCCCUGGGUCGAGUCAAGAGGAAAACUGUCUGGCUGGAUUUUAAAGAGAAUCUCCUUACCCACCUGCUGCCCCACUGUCCACUUCCCAGUGUGGCCUAUGCCUCAGGACCCUGACCUGCCGCCUGUGAGCAUGGCCAGCGUCCGCUGCAAGCUGGCCCGCUACUUGGAGGACCUGGAGGAUGUGGACAUGAAGAAAUUCAAGAUGCACUUAGAAGACUACCCUCCUCAGAAGGGCUGCACGGCCCUCCCUCGGGGUCAGACAGAGAAAGCAGAUCACGUGGACCUAGCCACCUUGAUGAUAGAUUUCAAUGGGGAGGAGAAGGCAUGGGCCAUGGCGGUGUGGAUUUUUGCUGCAAUCAACAGGAGAGACCUUUACGAGAAAGCUAAGAGGGAUGAGCCAGAGUGGGAUAAUGUACAUGUUUCUGUGGAAUGCCGGGAAGAAAGCCUCGAAGAGGAGUGGAUGGGUUUAUUGGGGUACCUUUCCAGAAUCUCUAUUUGUAAAAAAAAGGAAGAUUACUGUACAAAAUACAGAAAACAUGUGAGAAGCAGAUUCCAGUGCAUUAAAGACAGGAAUGCCCGUCUGGGUGAGAGUGUGAACCUCAACAAGCGCUAUACCAGGCUGCGUCUUGUCAAGGAAUACCAGAGCCAGCAGGACAGAGAGCACGAGCUCCUGGCCAUCGGCAGGUCUUCUGCCAAGACGCGGGACAGCUCUGUGAGUUCCAUGAACUUGGACUUGCUGUUUGAGCCCGAGGACCCACACUCUGAGCCUGUGCACACGGUGGUGCUCCAGGGGUCAGCGGGCAUUGGGAAAACAAUACUGGCCCGGAAGAUCAUGUUGGACUGGGCGUCGGAGAAGCUUUACAAGGACAGGUUCGACUACUUGUUCUAUAUCCAUUGUCGGGAGGUGAGCCUCGGGACGCAGAGGAGCCUGGGGGACCUGAUGGUCAGCUGCUGCCCUGACCCAAACCCACCCAUACACAAGAUUGUGAGAAGGCCUUCCAGGAUCCUCUUCCUCAUGGACGGCUUCGAUGAGCUGCAAGGCGCCUUCGAUGAGCACAUGGAAGCACUCUGCACUGACUGGCGGAAGGUGGAGCGGGGAGACAUUCUCCUGAGCAGCCUCAUCAGAAAGAGGCUGCUUCCAGAGGCUUCCCUGCUCAUCACCACGAGACCCGUGGCCCUGGAGAAGCUGCAGCACUUGCUGGACCGUCCGCGACAUGUGGAGGUCCUGGGUUUCUCAGAGGCGAAGAAGAAGGAAUAUUUCUUUAAGUAUUUCUCAGAUGAGCAGCAAGCCAGGGAAGCCAUCAGACUGACUCAGGAGAACGAGGUCCUCUUCACCAUGUGCUUCAUCCCCCUGGUCUGCUGGAUCGUGUGCACGGGGCUCAAACAGCAGAUGGACAGUGGCAAGAGUCUUGCUCAGACGUCCAAGACCACCACUGCGGUGUACAUCUUCUUCCUCUCCAGUUUGCUGCAUUCGCAGGGAGGGAGCCAGAAGCACCAUGUCUCUGCCAACCUCCGGGGUCUCUGCUCAUUGGCCGCAGAUGGAAUCUGGAACCAGAAAAUCCUGUUUGAGGAGAGUGACCUCAGGAACCAUGGCCUGCAGAAGGCAGAUGUGUCUGCUUUCCUGAGGGUGAACCUAUUCCAAAAGGAAGUGGACUGUGAGACAUUCUACAACUUCAUCCACAUGACUUUCCAGGAGUUCUUUGCUGCCAUGUACUACCUGCUGGAAGAGGAGGAACAGCAGGGCAUGAAGAAUAUGCCAGGGGGUCGUUUGGAGCUUCCCAAACGAGAUGUGACGGUCCUUCUUGAAAACUACGGCAAAUUUGAAAAGGGGUAUCUGAUUUUUGUUGUUCGUUUCCUCUUUGGGCUUAUAAACCAGGAGAGGACCUCAUACUUGGAGAAAAAACUCAGUUGUAAGAUCUCUCAGCAAAUCAGGCUGGAGCUGCUGAAGUGGAUUGAAGCCAAGACCAAGGCCAAGACGCUGCAGACCCAGCCCAGUCAGCUGGAGCUGUUCUAUUGCUUGUAUGAGAUGCAGGAGGAGGACUUUGUGCAAAGGGCCAUGGGCCACUUCCCCAAAAUCAAGAUCAAUCUCUCCACCAGAAUGGACCAUGUGGUUUCUUCUUUUUGUAUCCAGAACUAUCGCAGUGUGGAGUCACUUUCUCUGAGGCUGCUCCUUUACUCACCCAAGGAGGACGAGGAGGAGGAGGAUGUUGGACACUGUCUUAUGGGCCAGUGUGACCCUCCAGGUCCUCACACUGUCCCUUCUCAUCGAUUGGUGAACUGUGAUCUCACUCCUGCCUUCUGCUGGGGUCUCCUCUCUGUCCUGAGCACUAACCAGAGUCUCACUGAAUUAAACCUCAGUGACAAUAAUCUGGGGGACACAGGGAUGGAGGUGUUAUGUGAAAUGCUCCAGAGUCCUGGCUGUAACAUUCAGAGAUUGUGGUUGAGGCGCUGUUGCCUUUCCCAUCACUGCUGCUUCACCAUCUCCUCGGCCCUGAGCAGCAACCAGACACUGGUGGAACUGGACCUGAGCCACAAUGCCCUGGCAGACAGCGGAGUCAGACUUCUGUGUGUGGGACUGAGGCAUGCGUUCUGCAACCUGCAGAAGCUCUGGUUGGCCAAUUGUGGCCUCACGUCGGUGUGCUGUGUGGAUCUCGCAUCCGUCCUGAGCACCAGCCAGUCCCUGACCAGACUCUACUUGGGGGAAAAUGCCCUGGGAGAUGCAGGAGUUGGAAUUUUAUGUGAAAAAGCAAAGCAUCCGCAGUGUAACCUGCAGAAACUGGGGUUGGUGAACUCUGGCCUUACAUCAUCCUGCUGUCCAGCUCUGUCCUCGGUGCUCAGUGCUAACCAGAAUCUCACACACCUGUACCUGCGGGGCAAUGCUCUUGGAGACAUGGGUGUCAAGCUGCUCUGUAAGGGCCUCUUGCACCCGAACUGCAAACUUCAGUUACUGGAACUAGAUGACUGCAGUCUCACCUCGCACUGCUGCUGGGAUCUGUCCACACUUCUGACCUCCAACCGGAGCCUGCGGCAGCUGAGCCUGGGCAACAAUGACCUGGGGGACCUGGGGGUCAUGAUGUUCUGCGAGGUGCUGAAACAACAGGGCUGCCUCCUGAAAUGCCUGCAGUUGUGUAAAAUGUGUCUUAAUUAUGCUACAAUCUGCGCAUUAGAAACACUUCAAGAAGAAAAGCCGGAGCUGACUAUUGUCUUUGAGCCUUCUCAGUGGUGAUGGAGCCUCCAGCGUUUUGCUGUCCUGUCAUCCAUGUGUGGACAAGGGGCCAUGAGCGCUCCUCCUUUGGGGUUAGCACCGUGCUCUGCAAGUCUGUGGCCCUGCAUGGGAGAGCAAAGCUCGCAGAUGAUGCCUGUGCAGAGAGACCUUAAGUGUCUUGUUUAACCCAGGUUAAAGCACCAGGGCUAUGAAAUCACCCAUGUGAUAUGGGUCUCGUCACAGCAUUUUAGUCAGAGGAUGUGUUCCUCUUGGUGACCUCAUGUAACUAAUUCAUUCACUAAAGCACUUUAUCUAUUUUUCUCUUUUUACUCUUUCUAAAUCUCUUUUCCUUCCUAUCUUUUCCCUUUCUUUGUUUGGUUUACUCCUGCCAACUUUCUCUUAACUGUCCAUAGCAGAAUGAGUUACCUAUUAUUACGUUGCAAUUGUGUGACAGCAAUUUAUUUAUUUUUAAUUUUUGUAACAGUCAUAUUUUCUAAUAAA